UGUUGUUUUGAUCAAAGGUUCUUCUUUAUCGAAUAUAUUGUUUUUGUCUUCGUUCGUGUGAUCUUUAAGGAUAUUGCGUUCUCUUCGCCUCAGCUCUCUAGUUGUAGAUGAUUUGAGUCAUGGAGAAGCAAGAAUACGAAGAAAUCUCGCUAAAGGAAGCUUUACUAGCAAAAUACAAUGAUGAUCAGUUCGAAGUCACUAACUUGGCCCACAUUAGUUUUUCUCCCAAAAGAAAAGCGGCAUUGCUCAAAGCCAUGGAUUACUCCAAGAGAACUGUUAUAGCCCUAGAUGACUGUGGUGUAACCUGCGCAGGGCCACCACAAGAGGUGGCAGAGUUAUGUCCAAACAUAGAGGAACUAGACCUUGGGAAUAAUAACAUCACACAAUGGAGUGAGGUUUUUUCCAUCAUUUCUCAACUGAAAAAUCUCUCCAUUUUAAACUUGAGUGGAAAUCCUUUAACAGAUGAUAAGACUGAGAUAGCUCACCAAGCUGCUGAACUCGACCUUCCCAGCAAACCCUUGCCUCUUAAACAACUCGCGCUCAAUAAUACUGGAAUAUCGUUUGAUGCAGUCUAUGCUCUUCUUGACUGCUUCACCUCGUUAGAGGAAAUAUACCUCAGUCUCAACGAAUACUCCCACAUUCCGUCCUUAGACAAACAAUUCCCCAAAGUCAAACGCCUGUACCUCAAUGAACACAACCUCACUGAGUGGACCGAAGUGAAGAAUCUUGGCAAAAUGUUUCCAUGUAUGGAACACCUCAUAAUGACGGACAGUUCUCUGGAGAACAUCCUUGAGGAUGAUGCUCAAAAUCUCUUCCCUGCUCUUAGGGUGCUGAGCCUGAAUAAGACUGGAAUCUGUUCCUGGGAAAGCAUUGAUGCUCUGAGAAGGUUCCCCUCGCUGAAAGAUAUUAGAUUACUGGGGAUUCCUUUAAUGGACGAAAUAACUGAUGACAAGGAAAAGAGGCAGCAUCUAAUCGCAAGGUUGCCUAAUGUCGUAAAGAUCAAUGGGACAAAAGUGGGAACAGAAGAAAGAGAAGAUGCUGAGAGAUUUUUUAUUCGAUGCUACAUGGACGAUCAAAACCCUCCCAAGCGGUUACAAGAAUUGAUAGAAGUUUACGGCGUCUUAGACAAACUGGUUGACAUAAACUUAGCCCCAAAGAUUUUUGCAAAGCUUUCUAUAAUUUGCGAAGGGCACUCAACUUUAACCAGGGAUGUUGACUUGCGACAGACAACCAAAGACUUUAAGAGUUACAUCAGUAAUGAACUAGGUAUUCCUAAAGGGAAGCUAGCAUUGUUUUUUAAUGACGUCGAGAGUCCAUUUGGAAUGCAGGAGAUGAAUUAUGUGUUGCGGCCACUGCAUGGAUACACUAUGCACGAUGGAGAUGAAAUUCAUGUCUUCCUGAAAGGAUUGUAAUGCAGGAAUUGGUUAACUUUUUGUUUUUGUACUUGGAAUACACAUGAUAAAGUCCUAUAUAUCUUAGGAUAUCUGACUAGUAUAAAAGUGAUCUUUAUAACAGUCCAUGUCUUUAUAUAAAGAAUACUAAUGAGGAUGACUGUAUUAUAGCUGAAGAUGCAUCCAAGUUUGUAUGAAGACUAAAAUAAUGUAUAAAGUGUUAUCACAGUGUGUAUGUUAUAAUGGUGAUUUGUAUAUGUAAUGUUUUUCUAUUUAUAUCAAUUUCAAGUUAUAAUGUAAAUAGCAGAGGAUGUAAUGAUAA